AUGUUGACAGAUCGAUUUAUGAAACGACUUCAAGAAUUAUGGAAUGCAGACAGUUCCAUUCCUUCAACUCUGAAAUCCAUUCAUUUCAAUGCCAAUGUUGGCUAUGGUUAUCAAGGCGAUGAAAAUCCAACCACAGUUCUCAUCAUUAAAGAAGGAACUGCUUCUGAAGCUAAAAUGUAUCAAGGAGAGAGUUUGGAUUGGGACAUUCGAUGCACGAAAGAGAAUUGGGAGUAUUACAUGAAGAAUGGAUUGGGUUUGACCGCAUUAGCCUCAGCCUAUAGUAUGGGAUGGAUGAAAUUCCUAAAAGGAGACUACUUUGCCAUGAUUAAGAAUCCAUCCAUGAUUGGACCAUUCAUUAAGAGUUUUGAAUUAAUGUCCCAAGUUUUUAAGGAGCAACAAUAA